AUGAUAGACAAUGGAACCGGAGCCACUGAUACUAUGGACUACGGUAUGACGAAGCGUCACGAGGCGACGCAGGCCGACGCGACGGGGCCACGCGCUUUCGACCAACUCACGACGGGCCCGAUAAAUAUACACUGCGCGCCUCAUAUCCAGCGAACGGAAAGUUCCACGGAGAGACACGUGGAUUACGCGAUUACAUACUCGCAAAUGGACACGGGUGAUAAUGUUUUGCUGGACACACAACAGCCCCUAGCCCCCUCGCCGUUCAGCAAACAUGCCAAUGGCGCGUCCUGGUCAAGGAACGAGUACCAACCUCUGCUCGGCAAGUACGUUUCAUGCGUCUCACCGCAAGACCUAAACCGUCCGAUAGAUAAGGUUGACGUUUCAAAACUCGGCUGGCUCAGGCGGACGGUUGGCGAAUGCGCGGUCACACGUGUCCAGGGAAGCGUUUCCUACGGCCACCUGAACGCGACACCUAAGGACUUUCUCACGACGCGCGUCGGCCGCGCUAAUGCGUCGCGCAUAAUGGGGAAACGCGGUCGCAGUUACGCCACCGAAGAGACAACCAUAGUAAAGCCAAGGUUUCGCUUGUUGGCCUCCCAAAACGCGCUAAUGGCCGCUGCUGAUAUCACU